AUGGCCAACAGAGCUCAAGGUAAUUUGCCUAGCACCACUGAAGUCAAUCCAAAAGAACAUUGCCAGGCUAUUACUCUGAGUAGUGGGAAGAAGUAUGAAGGGCCAAGCAUAGAGCAGUCAGUUGAAGACAAGGAUCAGGAUCAACAGGCACAUGGCACAGUGGAUCAGAAGCAAAGUGAAGACAAGGUUACUGAAGACCUCCCAACCAAAGCAGCUACACCACAAGUGAGCAUUGACCAUCACAUCAAGAUUCCCUACCCUCAAAGGCUCUGCAAGAACAACUUGGAUAAGCAAUUUUCUAAGUUCCUUGAAGUAUUCAAGAAACUGCAUAUCAACAUCUCAUUUGCGGAGGCCUGGGAGCAAAUGCCAAGUUAUGUUAAAUUCAUGAAGGACAUCCUAUCUAAGAAGAGAAAGAUGGGAGAGUAUGAAACUGUGGCAUUGACAGAAGAGUGUAGCGCCAUUCUGCAAAGGAAGCUUCCUCAGAAACUGAGAGAUCCUAGGAGUUUCACAAUACCCUGCACUAUUGAGAAUUUUGAGAGCAUGAAUACUCUAUGUGAUAUGGGGGCGAGCAUUAAUCUAAUGUCGCAUUCUGUUUUCAGAAGAUUGAAGCUUGGGGAAGCAAGACCCACAACAGUGACUCUUCAGUUGGCAGAUAGAUCAAUAGCACAUCCUCGGGGUAUUAUUAAACAUGUUCUGGUAAAAGUGGACAAGUUCAUCUUCCCGGCAGACUUUAUUGUACUUGAUAUGGAGGAGGAUGCCAACAUCCCAAUCAUUCUUGGACGGCCAUUUUUAGCAAUUGGUAGGGCCUUUAAUAGAUGUGCAAAAAGGCGAGUUGAAGUUGCGAGUGCAAAAAGAAGAGGUAACAUUUAA